AUUGCCAAGGCAGCCAAGAUUGCUCCUUCUGAUGUGGAAUCUCCAUACAACAAAGCAGUUGCAAGCCAAGUCUCUACAGUUGAAGAUUGUCUCUCUGCCAGCCUAUACGACAAAGUUGACAUUUAGGUGAAAGUUGUUACUAAAUCAGAAAACAAGCAACCAGUUGUACACAGAGAAAAAACAAAGUACAGGGUAGAAUGCCUUGUUGCAGAUCACACAGAAUCAAUCAAACUUAUUUUAUGGGAAGAUGCAAUUGAAAAAGUACACAGUAGCAAAAGUUACCACUUUCAAAACCUGACGGUCCGCAUAUUCGAUGAUAACAAGUAUCGUAAUACCAAUGAGUUAACAGUGAUAGACGAAAUUGAUGACAUACAUGACAUUAAUUUGUCAUCACUUACCCUGGAAGACAACCUCGUCACAGCAAAGUGUGUUGGAAUCGAUAUCAAAAAAAGCUCCUCAUGUUUUGUUUUUAACAGCUCCUUAGAUAACUUUCCCAAACUGUAA